AUGUUGUUUGCCGGUAAUGGUAAUCGGAGCAAUUUAAGAGUCCUACCGUGGUUCGUGAUUAGGACAGAUACGUCAUAUGAAAAAGCUUGUAGGAGAGGAAGUGCACCGGCUACUCCCGUUUUGGGAAACAGAGCUUUGGAAUUAACACCCUCGAGAAUCGUGGUAAGAAUCAAAUUUUUUUCUACUUCCACUUUAUUAUAA